GCUAUCAACAUGUCUGGCCGUGGCAAAGGAGGAAAAGUUAAGGGAAAGGCAAAGUCCCGCUCGAACCGUGCCGGUCUGCAGUUCCCAGUUGGCCGUAUCCAUCGUCUGCUACGCAAAGGCAACUAUGCCGAGCGCGUCGGUGCUGGUGCACCAGUGUAUUUGGCUGCCGUAAUGGAAUAUUUGGCAGCUGAAGUGCUCGAGUUGGCAGGAAACGCUGCCCGAGACAACAAGAAAACGCGCAUCAUCCCGCGUCAUCUGCAGCUGGCCAUCCGCAACGAUGAGGAAUUGAACAAGCUGUUGUCCGGCGUCACCAUUGCUCAGGGUGGUGUGUUGCCGAACAUCCAAGCCGUGCUGCUGCCGAAGAAGACCGAGAAGAAGGCCUAAGCCUAUCGCGAAAUCAGCUUCUUUCAAUCUUCCGCCAAAAACCGUCCUUUUCAGGGCGACAAAUCAUUUCGCUAAAGAUUUCAUUUGACCAUUUCUGCUGAGCCCACUGCCAACGCAUUCUCAUACCGCAGGUAAAUCCAAUAAAGUGAGAAAUGCAGGAAAAUCCUUAACACGCACUCCAAAGUCAAAAGAGUUCAAAGACUCUAGCAGCGGCAAAUCGUAGUGAAAAAUGUUCAUAUUUUAAACCUGUGCCGUAUGUGAACUCCCACAUUAUUGUAAGGAGCAAUGGAUGAAACGUUAAAAAUAGAGUCGUCUACCUGUUUUUUCACCUGGGACGAACCUAUGAGCAAGAGAUAAUUUACAUCGAUCGUAAGGGAAUAUGGAUACCUGCCUUAUGUAGGUAGCAUCCAUGGCCUUGAACCGAUGUUUUUUUAAAUGAUUUUUUUUAAUACAAUUCGUAAACCGUUAUUCUGGAAUGCACCGAGCCCAUUGCAUUCCAAUGUAUGCGAAACCAUCUCAAAACACAUUCGUCAUCAACAGCAGCAGCAACAGCAUCAGAAACAAUCCAUACGAAAGAAACAUUAUUUACUCUUACCUGUUUCAGUACGCGGCAUGCACUUCUCUCCUUUCGGUUGCUCCCUCGAUGAACCAAUUUUACUGUUAUUCGGGUUUUUUUUCCGAACGAUGCUCACUGAUCACGAUAGAAACGCAAACUUGAACUUUCACCACGAUCCUUUUGACAAUCUUGUGUAUACACGAACUCAUGCACUUUCCUUCCGAAUCCAUGCAGCUCGAUCACUAAACUUCACUCACUAGUUUGUUCACUACUCACAUUCCAAUUGCACUGAAGUUUACCUCGAUCACGAUUUCGGAUCGCUGUCCCUGUCCACCGUCGAUGCCCGGUUUCGUACCGCUGCAGCCGCUCCAUAUUAUAAUAAAAAGAAGCAGCAGCAGCAGCAACAACAACUAUUUAAAUAUAGGAGCGCAUUUUUUUCUUCCCGGCCGACGGGAUUCACUGCACGCACUCCUCGCUCGCUCUUUCGGUGAACGCACCGGAAACGCACUUUUUCCACGCAUUUUCAGUCCAGCCACGCACAAUUCAGGGACACUAAAAUCACUGUCCCUGUCCACCACCGAUGCCCGGUUUCGUACCGCUGCAGCCGCUCCAUAUUAUAAUAAAAAGAAGCAGCAGCAGCAGCAACAACAACUACUUUAAUAUAGGAGCGCAUUUUUUUCUUCCCGGCCGACGGGAUUCAAUGCACGCACUCCUCGCCCCCUUUUUCUGGGGAACGCAUCGGAAACGCACCGGAAACGUACUUUCAGUCCACUCACAUUUCUUUUCUUCCCGGCCGACGGGAUUCACUACACGCACUCCUCGCCCCCUCUCCCGGUGAACGCACCGGAA